AUGAUUUCUAAUAUUAUUUCUACUCAAUUUGGUUUAACAAUUUCUAAUAUUACUUCCACUUCACCAUUAUUAAUGAAUAAUUUUUAUAAAAAUAAUAAACAUUUAGAGAACCAAUCUCAAUUUAAAACCAAACAACAAUCUCUUCAGUCUUUACUUGUAUCAAAUUAUACCAAUAGUCUUUGUAAUAUUCAUAAUGAAUAUUCCAAUAUAUAUAUGACACAUAUUAAGUCAAAUAGAUCAAAGGAAUAUCAUUACAAAGUAUUAUGCUUAGGCUACUAUUCAAGUCAUAUUAAAAUAACAAAGAAAACUACUAUAAAUAGAGUAUGCUAUUCUAUUUCUACUGAUUAUAUGAUUUGCUUAAAUAUUAGUGGAGUUGAAGCAACUUGUUUAACUGAAUAUCAGUUUAAUAGAAAAGUAAAAUUCAUCGUUAGUUGGGUUAGUAAUAAAAAUAAAGAAGAAUCUGUAGCAAGUGAACAAUUUGCAAGUUAUGCAGCACAACUUUUUUUAGAGAUUAAUUUUAUAUUUUAUUAA